GAAGUAAAAUCUGUGGAUUUAGCCCUAAAGCAACAGUUUCAAACACCUGAGGAUUUAACCCUUGAGCUGGAACAGGAUGGUCAGAUAUCUAUAAACUCAUCAGGGCAGCAAUGUGUGAAUUUUGAGCAAGUAAAGAGAGGGUCUGAGUCGGAAGGUGUAAUAUCUUUGGAGUUAAUUCCAGAGUCAAAAUCAGAAGGUAUAAAAUCUGUAGACCUCAAGUCUGACCUACAGUUGAAAGGUAUUAAAUCAUCUGAAUUGACUCCAGAACCAAAUAUGCAAGAUGUAAAAGCUAAAGAGUUCAAACAUGAACCACAGUUGCAAAGUCUGAAAUCUCCCAAGUUGACUCCAGGACCACAGCUGCACCAGGCAAAACCCUUGGGCUCAACUGCAGAGCCACAGCUUCAAAGUGUGAAAAUUGUGGAGUUAAAGGGCCACAGCUUGGAAGAAUGAAAUCUGUUCAGUGGAUAACAAGACCUGAGUUCCAAGGUGUAAAAUCUGUGGGAUUAAAUCUUGGGCCACAAUCUCGAAGUGUCAAACCUGCAGAGUUGAAACUUUUCAUACAGUGGGGAGAUAUGAUAGCAUCUAAAUUGGUUCUAGCACCAAAACUUCAAGGUGCAAAACUUAUGGAGUUUAACCUUGGGGCACGGUUGCAGUGUGUAAAAACCUCUGAGUUGUCUGCUGGACCACGACUGCAAAAAGGGAAAAUUUUGGCAUCAAGCUCAGAGCCACAACUUCAAGGUGUGAAAACUGUGGAGUUAAACCAAGACUCACAGCUUGGAAGUGCAAAAUCUGUGCAGUGGAUACCAGGACCUGAGUUCCAAGAUGUGAAAACCGGAGGGCUGAAUCUUGGUUCACAAUCUCAAGGUGUCAAACCUGCAGAGUUGAAAUCCUCCAUAGAGUCAGGAGGUGUAAAAUUAUCUGAAUUGACUCUAGGGCCAAAAAUUCAAGGUGCAAAACCUGUGGAGUUUAACUAUGGGCCACGGUUGCAAUUUGUGAAAACUCCCAAGUUGUCCCAUGAACCACAGUUGCCUAAAGGGAAAAUUCUGGCAUCAACCUCAGAGCCACAGCUUCAAGGGGUAAAAACUGUGGCAUUAAACAGCUUGGAAGUGUGA